AUGGCAAGAAACACUGAUGAAGACAACCAUGAACAAAAAUUGCGAAAUAUUGUUCAUUGUAAUCAUCAAAUUCGUAAUCUUGUACAAGGUAAUGUCCAUAAAUUUCUCAGUUUGCGCGAAGAACUUCUUACUAAUACGGGCAUAAGAGACUUGACGGCAUUCAAAGAUGUUCUAUCGCCUUUGAUUGACGGACCACGUAUUGAACAACUAAAGUCGUGUAUUAUGUCAGACAAAGCUCACAUAGCACUUUGUGGUGAGAAUUCAAGUGGUAAAACAGCAUUUUUACAUGCAUUUUUGGGCAUUGGUAAAAUUCUACCGUCUGGUGAUGGCCCUGUUACAGCGCGAAUUACAAAACUUACAUAUGCUUCGAGUGAGCAAGCAUGCAUCCGCAUUCGAAAAACGCUUCGAGAUCAAUCACUCGCUGAAAACGAAGUGGAUCUUUCGACUUUUUUUGCUAGUGAAAAACCUCAUUGGACUAAUGUCGGCCGCGCUCUCUCAAAACACGUUAAACGACCACAAGGCAUUGAUGAAACUUCACAUGAAUUUGCCGAAUGGGCACGAUGUGUUGUAGAAAUUCAUAUUCCAUCACCAACAUUGGCUUUAGGAAUCGACGUGUACGAUACACCUGGUUUUCUUUUAGACGAUGCUCCAGUUCUUAAAGAAAUUUUACAUGAUCUGGUCGAACUGAUUCAUCCUACAAUAGUCUUUAUGUAUAGUAAUCCGUCUACGGACGAUGCUACGAAAGGUUGCUUUUUAGCAAUGAAAACCGCCUUGUAUGACUUAGAUAGCACUAGUAUUUUCUUUCUGAAUUCAAAAGCAGAUUUAAAUCAAAUGCCAAAAUUCAAACAAGGUAUGGCAAUAGACGAAUUUCUUACUACAUUAGCCGAUCAACGAGCGCAACGCUAUAAUUUGUUGUUGCGUGCUCCUUUUCUUGCCAAUGAUAGAUUGGAUGGUUUGCCUGCAUCAAUUGGCGAAUGCCAUUGUUUCGGCAUAUGCAGUGUCAAUUCACAAUUGAUUAAACCAUAUGGUCCGCUAAUGAAUGAAACUACUAUUCAACAUAUUAUCCAAUUUGUAGGCAAUAAUAAUUUAGCGGUCGCGACACGUGUAUGUAAAGUAGUAUUGCCCAUCAUCAAUGCGUUUUUUAAUCUGUUACUUUUAACAAGAUAUCGCACACCGGAAAGAUUAGUACAACUGCAUUAUGAUGCUAUGAAUUGGGAACGAGAUUAUUUUCAGGCAUACACAAUAUAUACAGAGAAAGGUUUGGAAGAUCUUUUUUCGAAUAUAUUUCAACAAUUCAAUACAGAAGAAGACUUUAUUGUACAAGAAGUUUUAAAAACGCAUGCUCCUCCAAAUCUUUUCGAGCUUGCAAUAUUAACAGCUGUACAUCUUCAAGUUAUUAAACCAGCCAUUCGUGAUACUCUUCGACAAUUCAUGGGCUACGUAUUCGCACAUAUAGCAUCACAUUGUGAUCUAACGCGCGGUGCAGCUUUUAAUGAAAUCUUGAUCGGAGCAUUAGGCAGGCAAGACAUAAGCGAUUUUGCAGCUUCUUUACUUGAUAAUCAUCCUAUACAAAAAACUAUUCGUGCUAGCACAUUAUACAUGAUGAACACAAUUUCAACACCGUUUUUAAAAUGCGCUCAACAUCUGCUAAAUUUGGAUUUCUCUCAUGAGACAAUUAGUAUGACACUGUCAAAAAACAUCAAAGAAUUUCAUGAAAAUCAAAAUUGUGAUACUAAACGAGAAUUAAAUGAUAUUGUUCGUAAAUAUUUACUGAACGUGCAAAAAGUUAUCAAAAAUCAACAAAAUACAAUGUGGCAAGCAGUGAGACUGUGGGGAGAUCAGCAAGAAGCUAUUCUAAGAUCGCUCAUUGACAUUCAUUAUGAAAAAGCGUGUCCUCUAAUUGAUUCUCAUCAAGAAACACUUAAUCGUUUACAACAAUAUGUUUGGCGUUUUAUUGUGACUGAAUGCGGACUUUGUGCAGCGCAAGAUAUGGCAAAGUUUAAUGGUAGCAUACCUGAAAUUCGUAAUGGUGAUUCUAAAUCAACUAUGUUCAGUAUAUUUACUGCCGACUGGGGAGACGAAAAAAAUUUAGUUGUGAAAAAGCUUAGUCGGUCUCUGCCGGAUCAACCGAUUGCAGCUUAUUAUGAAGCACAUUAUCAUCGCGAAGUAGCAAAUUUAUGUCAUCCAAAUAUGGUUAACAUUCGCUAUCUUUAUGAGUAUCGUCUUGAUAAUCAAACUUCUGAGUUAUGGAUGAUCUUUCCACCAUUGAUGCUUACUUUGGAACAAUUUUUACAACAGUUUUUGGCAUCACUUUCGAUCACAACGGUCCUCAAAUGGAUGAAUGAUAUUGUCGAUGCGCUCAUGGCUUUACAUCAAAAUGAACUUGUUCAUCGAAACGUCGUGAUGAGCAACAUUGUCCUUACUGAAGAUAAACGGGCUCUGUUAAUUGACUUAGGCGAUUGGUACGAAGAUUGUGAUCUCAGUGUGCGUCAUGAUCCAUCAUCGACUUUCAACGGAACGAACGAUGACAUAAAAGGAUUUGGUACACUCGGACAAAUUCUGAGUUCUUUCAUUGAGCAAGAUGAGAAUGUGUUAGCAAUCAUUAAUGAAUUUAAUGAGUUAAUGUUAACAUGUUCUCAGGCUACUCAUGAGAAACCUGUAACGACUGAAUUCGUUCAGCAGAAAAUUCAGUUCAUGCUAGAUAUGUGA